ACAUGCUUUACCGGAAAAAAACAAUACCACGAGCUCUGUCAUAUCAUGGCUGAUUUUUUAUCAAUAAAAACAUUAGAAUCAGAUGAUGAUGAAAGUUUAAUUCUCGAAGAGAGCGAUGUUGACGAAGAAAUUUCGAAAUCGUCAAAAAAGAUAAAGAAAAAGAAAAGUCUAAAAGAAGACUUUGCAUCUGAUUUUCAAUUUAAUCUUGAUAAUAGUGUUGUGCAACAGCCAUGGAAAAUUAGUAAAACCAUAAAAAAAAGUGCUAAAGGACAAGAUUCAGCAGAUGUUAUUGAAGAUCAAAUAAAUAAAAAAGUUCAGGAACGUAAGGAAAAAAAAAGCGAUGAAUUAGGAGCAGUUAAAGAAAAAGAAAAUAAUUUCAACAGUGUAACCGAUGGCGAUGAAAUAGGUAGUGAACAAUAUGAAUCAGAGGAUGAAGACGUCAAGAGUGAUGGUGAAAGUGAGGGUAAUUUUUUUGUGCAUGCUCCUCCUCUGGUACAACGUGAGUUCAUACAAAUGAAUUUAUCAAGGCCAUUGCUUAAGGCAAUAAAUGAGCUUGGUUUUGAACACCCAACAAAAAUUCAGUCUUCAACUAUUCCAAUAGCUUUACUAGGAAAAGAUCUUUGUGCUUGUGCGACUACUGGAUCAGGCAAAACUGCUGCAUUUAUGUUACCUAUUCUUGAACGUCUUUUGUUUAAGCCAAAGCAAACAGCAGUUGUCCGUGUUCUUAUUCUUGUACCAACGAGAGAGUUAGCUAUUCAAGUUUACUCUGUUAGUGAGUCUUUGGCGAAGUUUUCUAACAUUCAACUUGGUCUUGCAACAGGUGGACUUGAUUCCCGAUCUCAAGAAGCUAUUCUUCGUAAAAAUCCUGAUAUAGUUAUUGCCACCCCAGGUCGUUUAAUAGAUCAUUUACACAAUACACCAUCUUUUAAUCUACAGACUAUUGAAAUACUUGUGCUGGAUGAAGCAGACAGAAUGCUAGAGGAACAUUUUCAUGAUCAAAUGAAAGAAAUAAUACGUUUAUGUCCACGCGGUAGACAAACAAUGUUGUUCUCUGCAACAAUGACUGAUGAAGUGAAUGCUUUGAUGUCAUUGUCACUAAAUAAUCCAGUGAAGUUGUUUGUUGACCAAAAUACGGAUGUUGCUUCAAGUCUACACCAAGAAUUUGUUAGAAUUCGAUCAACUAGAGAAGCUGAUAGGCUAGCAGUUGUUGUAGCUUUAUGCUGUCGUUCUUUUAAUCAGCAAACCCUAGUAUUCCUUCAGACUAAAGUUCUUGCACAUAAACUAAGAAUUAUAUUUGGUUUGUUUGGCUUAAAAGCAGCAGAGCUGCAUGGUAAUCUUACCCAGCUACAGCGUCUUGAAGCAUUAGAGAAGUUUAAAAACAAUGAAGUUGAUAUUCUUGUUGCAACAGACCUUGCAGCUCGUGGGUUGGACAUAGUUGGUGUAAAAACUGUAAUUUCCUUUAAUAUGCCAACCACAAUAAAAAGCUACAUUCAUAGAGUUGGAAGAACUGCAAGAGCUGGGAAAGCUGGAAGAUCUAUAACGCUGGUAGGUGAGAAAGAGCGUAAAAUGUUAAAAGAAGUAGUUAAAAAUGCAAAGAUUCCUGUGAAAAACAGAAUUUUAUCAACAGAGGUUGUGGAAAAAUACAAAAAUAAACUUGAAAGUUUUGAAAAAGACAUCAAGGAAAUUCUAAAAGAGGAAGAGUCAGCAAAGCAAUUGCGUGUUGCUGAAAUGGAAAUGAACAAAGCAAAAAAUUUAAUUGAACAUCAUGAUGAAAUUAUGAGUCGUCCAGCAAAAACGUUUAUUAAAACUCAAAAACAAUCUUCUGCUAAAAAUAAAAAAGAAAGUCAAAAGAAAGUAAAGAAUUUGACCGAAGAAGAAAAAAAGAUUCGCCGCGAGCAAAUGUUUCAUGCUCGUCAGAUUAAGCGAAAUAAUAAACCUAAACGAAUUCGAGCUUUUGAUGAAAAUGCUCCAGAUGUCAAGGGUUCUCGUGGUCCUAAACACGCCAAAAUUGUACCCUCCCAAAAGACAUUUGAUCGCGAGCUUACUGACACAAGUAAAAAGAGUUUGCAAGCAUUGCGAUCGAAUACAAAUUUUAAAAAAAAAACCUCUUCUGGAUUUAAAUCCAAAAAAAGAUUUAAAAGAAAAUAAAUGUCUGCAAAAAUAAACUGAUGCAGAAAAGUGAAAAUGACUUUAAUAAACACAAGUUUAUGUUAGAUGUUUUUAUGAAAUAUCUUCGCAAAGACGCUGAAAGAAGAGACGUUUUAAAGUGCUUGUAUCGAAAACAAAACUAAAGGAUUAUAGAACUAUCUUACCUAACUGAAUAUAUAUAUAAAAUAAUAAUAAAAAAAUAA